ACUAAUGAGAAUAAAUGCUUGUUAAUAUCAAUGGAUAAUGACUCAUCGCCCCAUAAUAAAAUAGUAAUAUCUUGGCAUAAUUUCAGGUGGCGUAUCAGGAGCGGGACGACGUAAAUAAGUUCGCGCGGAAGGUGAUGGCGCUCCCCCUCCUGCCAUCGGAACACAUCAGGCCUGCCUUCGAGCAGUUGGUCUUUCAGGUAGCAGACCGCCCAGUCCUGUUGGACCUGCUGUCCUACGUGGAGGACACAUGGAUAAACAGCACCAUUUGGCCCAUCCCUUCCUGGUCUGUAUACAACAAGGCCAUCCGAACCAACAAUGACUGCGAAGGAUGGCACACCUGGAUGAAUGUAGACCGUGCACAGGGAAGAGUGAGUGUCAAUUUCUAUCUGCUGUUGGGGCUGCUGAGGAAGGAGGCUGAUCUUCUCCCCCUCCAAAAGAAGUUAGUGAGUGAGGGGAAACUGAGCCGGUAUCAACGGAAGUCAGCAGCAAAGAUCCACGCCAAGAUAUCAGAGGCCGGGAAACAGUAAGAAGAAAAAGAGCUGUCAACAGAGGCAUUGCUGAGUAGACUCGGGAGAGUGUACAGUCCACAGUGAUGGGAGAUGUGAGAAAAAGAGCUGUCAACAGAGGCAUUGUUGAGGAGACUCGGGAGAGUGUACAGUCCACAGUGAUGGGAGAUGUGAGAAAAAGAGCUGUCAACAGAGGCAUUGAUGAAGAGACUCGGGAGAGUGUACAGUCCACAGUGAUGGGAGAUGUGAGAAAGACGUGGACAUUUUUUGUGAUGUGAACAUAUGGACAGUUAAAAUUCAUUGUAAUGUGAAUGAUAUGGCAUGAUUAAUUUAUCAUCAUUUAUCAACCUCUUUGAUGUACACACUCUAUGUAUAUAGAUUGUAAAUAAACAAAUAAAUUAU